AUGUAUAGUUCGACCCAACAACAAAGUCGUGAAACCUCUCAAUAUCUCUACAUCGAUCAUCAUUUUCCAACUCUCAUGGAGCUCCAAAACCCCUAUUUUCUGAUCCCACUUGCCAUUUUAUUCUUCACCUUCAUUGCAUUGAAGAAUUCCAUAACCAAGAAAUCAAGAUUACCGCCGGGGCCAUGGAAGCUGCCAAUUAUUGGAAACAUGCACCACUUCGUUAACUGUGAGCCUCAUCACAGGCUAAGAGACCUGGCGAAAAAACAUGGUCCUCUUAUGCACUUACAGCUCGGUGAAAUUCCAACUCUUAUUGUUUCUACGCCUGAGGCCGCUAGAGAAGUGCUGAAAAAUAAUGAUAUUAACUUCGCUCAAAGGCCUCCUCUUCUUUGUGCAGAUGUUGUAGCUUAUGGUUGCACAGACCUUGUGUUUUCACCAUACGGAAACUACUGGCAACAGCUACGAAAGAUGUGCAUUACUCAGCUUAUGACUCCCAAAUCUGUGCAAUCUUUCGGAGGAAUCCGGGAAGAGGAGGUAUCAAAAUNUCUGAGAAGAAAAACAAAGUGUGAUAAUCUCAAAAAUUGUUGGAUUAAAUAUGAAUUCAAGGACUCUUUUCUAGCCGUGUUCAUUAUGAUAAAGCUGUCAGGAAGAAAACACAAUUUAUAG